AUGGAUAGUGGUAAUGACAUUGAAACUCAUAGUACUUCAUCAGAAUCAGCAGCUUCUGCAUCACUUCUUCCACUUCCACCAUCUAGUUUAGGGAAAAGAAAACCAUCUAGGAAACCAUCCAUGGUGUGGGAUCAUUAUGAGAAAAUAGAGAAUUCAGAUCCUGAUAAUCCUAGAUGUAAAUACAAAUAUUGUGGCGUGGACUAUGCUUGUAAUAGUAAAUAUGGGACAAAUACUUUGUUGAAUCAUUUAAAUCAUCAUUGUAAGAAGUACAUUUAUAGAGUGCAAGAUAAAAAGCAAAAAAUCUUAACUUUUGGGGCCCAAAAUGAGAGUGAUGGGAGCAAUCUUUUUGCUGUUGGUUUUAAUAAGGAAGCAUGUAGGCUUGCAUGUGCUAAAAUGAUAAUCUUAGAUAAGCUCCCAUUUAGUUUUGUUGAAGGUCAUGGUUUUAGAAUGUUUUUUAAUGUAGCAUGUCCUAAAUUUGAUCCUCCGUCUAGAAGAACGAUUGUUAAAGAUAUUUAUGCAUUGUAUUUGGAUGAGAAGUUGCAAUUGAAAAAUACAUUUUCUUUGAAUUGCCAAAGAAUUAGUCUUACCACCGACACUUGGACUUCCAUUCAAAAUAUCAAUUACAUGUCUCUCACCGCACAUUAUAUUGAUUCUAAUUGGAUGCUUCACAAACGGAUUUUAAAUUUUUGUGUGAUUCCUAAUCAUAAAGGAGAGACAAUAGGGAAGCCAAUUGGGAAUUGUUUGUAUGAAUGGGGUAUUGAGAGGGUGUUUACAAUCACAGUUGAUAAUGCUUCUACAAACAAUGUGGCAAUAGAGUAUAUCAAAAGGAAAUUGAAUAAUUGGAAAGGGUGUGUAUUGGAUGGGUUAAGGGAAGCACAUGACUCUAUUGCUAGUAUUCGUAAUGCAGUGAGAUAUGUUAGAUCUUCUCCUGCUAGAUUACAGAAGUUUAAGGAAUAUGCUGCUCAAGAGAAAAUUGAGAGCAAUUCUCUUGUGUUUUUGGAUGUUCCAACUAGGUGGAAUUCCACCUACUUAAUGUUAGAAGCAGCUUUGAAAUUCCAAAAUGCCUUUGAAAUAUUGGAAGAGUAUGAUGGUCAUUAUCUAUCCUAUUUUAGAGAGGACGAUGGUGGUAGAAAAAGACUUGGACCACCUAAUUUUGUUGAUUGGAACAAUGCUCUUAUUUUUGUGAAGUUCCUUAAAAGCUUUUAUGAUGUAACUUUAAAGUUUAGUUCUUCACUGCAUGUUAUUUCCAAUGCUUAUUUUCAUGAAAUUUGUUCAAUUCAAUCUCAAUUAGAUGCAUGGAGUUUAAGUGGUGAUUAUCUUUUAAGUGAUAUAGCAAAUAAAAUGAUGAGAAAGUUUGAUAACUAUUGGGGUAAAAUGGAUGAUAUUAAUCCAUUGUUGUUGAUUGCUGCUGUGCUUCAUCCUAGAUAUAAAUUGGACUAUGUGGAGUAUUGUUUUGGUGAUAUUUAUGCUGAAGAUGUUGCUGGUUUGAUAGCUAAGAAUUUGAAAGAAAUUCUAAUGUCUUUGUAUGAUUGGUAUAAGGCAAGUGAAGUGAUUCUUGAUGGCAAUCAAAGUUCAAAGGAUAAAGAACUUGAAAGUUGUGUGACUAAUAAAAAAAAUUCAGAAGUUGACAUUAAUCUCUUGAGAAUUUCCAAAUUUAAAAGGAAAAAGGCAGCAAAGGAAUCUAUUGAGAUUAAAAAUGAUGUGGAUAGGUACCUAUUGGAUCCUUGUGAAGAUAUAUCAAAGAAGGAUUUUGAUGUUCUUAAUUGGUGGAGGGUUAAUGGUAAUAAGUAUCCUAUUUUGUCCAAACUUGCAAAGGAUAUGUUUGCAAUCCAAGUCUCUACCGUGGCUUCUGAAAGUGCGUUUAGCACCGGUGGAAGGAUUCUUGAUCCCUUUCGAAGUUCUUUAACCCCUAAGAUGGUGGAAGUUUUAGUGUGCACCCAAAAUUGGCUUAAAGCUUCUUCGGUUGGAAGAUGUGGGAUAUUAUGA